AAAAGUUACAGUGACUGAAGAGAAAAUUUACCCUUUUCCCUUUGCUCUUCUUCCUUCUCCAUUUGCCCUCGCCGCAGCCUUCACUCCACUAUGCAGUCAGCCAUCGCCGACGUCCCUCGGGCCAACUGAUACCAUCGGAGUGCAGCUCUCUUCCUCCUCAAUCUAUUUUCCGGCUUAAAGUCUCUCUCACUCUCACCGCUGCCGCCGACAUCGUAAAGAUUGUUCGUGUCGAUCUUCUCAGUACUUAACUGUAUCUACUCUAUCGCUUCCGUGAUUUAGAUUUGGCUCUCAUUUCAGAUUUUUAGUAGAGCUCUCUCUGGUUUUUGUUAGCUUCAUCUUAUUGAAAAUCAUCUCUAAAAAGUUUCUCUUUUGAGGACAUCAAUAGUGUUCGAAGGGGGGCUUCAAUUGGUCCUUCGAUUGACUUGGUCAUUCAUAUCCACCCAAGAAAAAAUGAUAAUGGCCUCGAGUAGAUUUGUUCACAAAUCCAUGGCUUCUCGAUUAUUCGCUACUGCCACAGAGAAAAUCGGACAACUGGCUUUGAGGCGACAAGUUCUGGCGUUGACCGACGCAGCAGCCUCCAGAAUACAUCACCUUCUUCAACAGCGGCAAAGAUCGUUCCUUCGAUUGGGUGCUAAGGCUCGUGGCUGCAACGGUUUAUCUUACACCCUCAAUUACGCCGAUGAGAAAGGAAAGUUUGAUGAAUUAGUUGAGGACAAGGGCGUCAAAAUAUUGAUUGAUCCAAAAGCUUUGAUGCAUGUGAUUGGGACCAAGAUGGAUUUUGUAGAUGAUAAACUGAGGUCUGAGUUCAUUUUUAUCAACCCAAACUCCAAAGGGCAAUGUGGAUGUGGCGAAUCUUUCAUGACAACAGUUGGUAGCACAGCUAAGCAGGGUGGUAAUUGAGGAUUUCAACACCCAUUUAAAGAAGAGUCUGAAAUCAUGCCAGGACUCCGACACACAGAUCACCAGCAAGUCACUAAGCAAGAACGGGACGGUGGUAAUGGAGCAGCAUUCACUGUGAGCAACAAUAACAAUGCUACAGUAAAGGCUAAAACGGGAACCCGUAAAGAGAUCAUAAGUCAUAACACACGGCAAUGUUCAAAGAAAUGAUGAUAAACAGACAAGAACCGCAAAUGUGAAAAUUGUUGGACUGGAAAUGAAGAACAAGACAUGAAUGCACAACUGAACUAAAUUGAAUAUAUCCAUGUAAUAAUUCAAGGUAGAAAAAGAAUUACAUUCCAGUUUCCAACUGGAAAUACACAGACACAAAUAAAUGGUUCAUUUUCCUUA